AUGAGCUCUGCCAAGGCUGGGGUGCUGCAGCUGGCACCCCAGACUGGCGAGCAAGCACAAUGUUACAUCGAUUUGUCACGUUUGCUUGUCACGGGGACGCGGAGCUUUUACAACAACCCGACUUUUUCGGACAUCACGCUAGUUUGUCCCGAUGGGCGCCAGCUGCGAUGCCAUCAAGUCAUCUUGGCCGCCUCCAGCAAGCGCCUCGCGUCGGUGCUUAAACAAGGCGGCUUCACGGGCUCCAAGCUGCCGGUGCAGGGCGUGGACAGUGAUGCCCUGGACACCCUCAUCGACUCCUUCUACACGGGGGAGUGCCCCCUCACCUUGGCCACGGCGGCGAGCAUAUACGACGCAGCAGUCAAACUGGAGGUGAACGGGCUGCCCAACGCCGUGGAGCAGUUUGUGAGCGCCAGCCUCACCCCCAACAACGCAUGCCUGCUGCUGGAGAGGGCCAUGGGCACCAAGACUGGCCGACUGGCGGAAGUCUGCCUGCAGUUCAUUAGAUCCAGGCUGGCGGAUGUGGUUCCCACUCUGGAGUUCAGCUCCGCCAAUAUGGAUGUGGUGGGGCAGAUCUGCACCGAUGUGGCUAACAACCGCCACCCUCCGCAGCUGGCGCUGCAGGUGGCCAUUGCCUGGCUCCGAGGGCCCCCCAGCGGCCCCAGCCGCACGCACCUGCUGCCCGCGCUCGCCGACCAGAUAGGCAUCUCAUCGGACAUACUGCAAACCUACAUGCGGAACAGCGGCAACAGCCCCACAGCCGGCGGCGGUGGUAAUGGUGGCGGAGGAGGGAAUGGCGGUGGUGGCUCCGCCGCCGCCGUGUCCCUCCUCGGCGAGCCGCCCUCCCUGGACGGCUCCCUGUCGCUCAGCUCCCUACCGCUGCUACAGUUGUUGCCGGCAGGGCAGCUGCAGCAGUUGGGAAUGGGCGGCGGGGCCGCCGGCGCAGCGGCGGCACAGCUGUUGUUGGGUCAGGGCAAGGGUGGGGCAGGUACGGCAGCGCUGAGGAGCCUGUUGGAGGAGGACGGCGGCGGCGCCGCUGGCGGCGGCGGCGGCGCCGGAGUGGGCAGCAUGGAGGGCGCCGCGCUGGCGCAGCGACUCGGCAAUUUGGCGGGAUUGCGACGGGAUCUGGAGGAGGGCGCGGCUGCGGCGGGGGGGUUCGCUGGGGCCCUGGGUAGCAUGUCAGCGUCGGGUGGCGGGCGGGGGAAGCGCGCAAGGACUGAGGACAGCCGGCGCAACAGCGGCUGGGAGCAAGAGCCGCUUACCUCCAGCCUGGGUCGCGGCCCCUCCGGCGACCAGCUGGACAUGUUGUUAUCCCCCUCGGGUCCCGGGGCGGGCGGUGGAGGCGGAUUCGGGGGCGCUGGCGGCCUGGGGGCCCUGCUGCAGGGGCCCCAGGCCGCUGCCUACACUGCGGACCCCCCGCCUAGAGACCGCCGCACGCCGCAGGUCAAGGGCGUGUGCCACGUAGAGGGCUGCUACGCGGACCUCACCGGUCUGCGGGACUACCACCUGAGAUAUAAAAUAU